GCCGGCGUGUGGGGUAGCGGUUGGUGGGGGGCGGCGGGUGUCCGUGGUUGCGGGAGUGCAGGCGCGGUGGGCCGCGGGCCGAGGAGGGCCGAGUCGGAAUGGAGCGGUUACGUUGGCAGGUGGUGGCCGUGGCGACCUUGGGUCUGGCGCUGGCCCUGGAGGCGCUGCCCUCCGUGCUGCACUGGCUGCGGGCCGGGCGCCGGCAAGAGCGGCGAAGGUCGCCGCGGCGCGAGGUGCUCUUCUUCCCGUCGCAGGUGACCUGCACCGAGGCCCUGCUGCAGGCUCCCGGUGAGGGGCCGUCGGGGCCCCCGGCAGGCUGCCCCUGCAGCCUGCCCCACGGCGAGAGCUCGCUCAGCCGCCUGCUGCGCGCCCUGUUGGCCGCCCGCGCCAGCCUGGAGCUUUGCCUCUUUGCCUUUUCCAGCCCGCAGUUGGGCCGUGCGGUGCAGCUGCUGCACCAGCGCGGGGUGUGCAUCCGGGUCAUCACCGACUGCGACUACAUGGCUCUCAACGGCUCACAGAUCGGCCUGCUCCGAAAGGCAGGCAUCCAGGUGCGACAUGACCAGGACCUGGGCUACAUGCAUCACAAGUUCGCUAUCGUGGACAAGAAGGUGCUGAUCACCGGCUCCCUCAACUGGACCACGCAAGCCAUUCAGAACAACAGAGAGAACGUCCUGAUUAUGGAGGAUGAGGAGUAUGUGAGGCUUUUCCUGGAAGAAUUCGAGCGUAUUUGGGAAGAGUUUAAUCCGACCAAGUAUACCUUUUUCCCACAAAAGAAGCAGAGUCACUGAAGCUGUGCUCUCUCCUCUGUCUGCGGAGUUGGGGGGCGAGCGCUGUCCAGUAUCAAAACUUUUUGGUCCCCGGAGUGGAAAGCAGACCG